GCGCGCGCUCGCGGCCGCCGCCCGGCCCAGGCUGCGGGCGGAGCGGGCCCAGGCCCGGCCCGGCCCCGGCGCGUCCCGCGGGCCCGGCGCACCCCGGGCCUGCACAGUUGUUUGUGAAUGAAUUUGGCCGAAUAUGGAUCCAGGUGGUGGAAGUCUUGGAUUGCAAACACAGGAAUCCAAAAUGCCUCACACUAUGAUCAUGCAAGAUUUUGUGGCUGGGAUGGCUGGCACCGCUCACAUCGAUGGAGACCACAUUGUUGUGUCAGUCCCUGAAGCCGUCCUGGUCUCUGACGUGGUCACGGACGACGGGAUCACGCUGGACCACGGCCUGGCAGCCGAGGUGGUGCAGGGCCCCGACAUCAUCGCCGAGACCGACGUCGUCACCGAGGGCGUCAUCGUGCCCGACUCGGUGCUGGAGGCCGACGUGGCCAUCGAGGAGGCCCUGGACACCGGCGAGCACGUCCUGGCCUCGGACCUGAUGGCGGAGACCGUGCGCGUUCCCGAGCAGGUGUUUGUGGCUGACCUCGUCACGGGCCCCGAGGGACACCUGGAGCACGUGGUGCAGGACGCCGUGCCCGGCGCCCACUCGCCCACCAUGGUGUCCGAGGAGGUGCUGGUGACCAACUCGGACUCGGAGGCCGUGAUCCAGGCUGCUGGCACCGUCCCUGGCUCCACUGUCACCAUCAAAACCGAGGACGACGACGACGGCAAGAGCACUUCUGAAGACUACCUGAUGAUUUCUUUGGAUGAUGUUGGAGAGAAAUUGGACCAUAUAGGAAGCACUCCCUUGAAGAUCAGUACGGAGGUGGCAAAUGAUGAUGUUGCUAAAGAUGAUGGCUUUGGUUCAGAAGUUAUCAAAGUCUACAUAUUUAAAGCUGAAGCUGAAGAUGAUGUUGAAAUAGGUGGGACAGAAAUUGUCACUGAGAGUGACUUUCACAAUGGCCAUUCUGUAGCUGGAGUCAUUGAACAAGGAGGUGUUGGGAGAGUGCAGCGAGAAAAAAUGGUUUACAUGGCUGUUAAGGACUCUUCUCAGGAAGAUGAAGAUAUUAGCUGUGCUGAAAUAGCAGAUGAAGUUUAUAUGGAAGUUAUUGUAGGGGAAGAAGAAGCCACAUCCCUUCCAGACACCCAGCUUGAGGACUCGGGCGUGAAUAAAACGUUUGUCCCCGUUGCUUGGGCUGCUGCUUACGGAGAUGAAAGAAGGCUUCCCCGAAGAUACGAAGAUGGUCAAGCGGCAGGAAAUAACUUGGAUACACGAUUAGAAAACAAAAACGGUAAUGCAACACAGUACCUGCAGAUUUGUGAUAGCAUUAGCACUAAUAGAGUGCUCAAACAAAAAACCAAGAAAAGGAGGAGAGGAGAGGCCAGGCAAUGGCAAACAGCUGUUAUAAUAGGUCCUGAUGGACAGCCCUUAACAGUUUACCCUUGUCAUAUUUGUGGGAAAAAAUUUAAAUCCAGAGGAUUCUUGAAAAGGCAUAUGAAGAACCAUCCCGAUCAUAUGAUCAAGAAGAAAUACCAGUGUACAGACUGUGACUUUACAACUAACAAAAAAGUAAGUUUCCACAAUCAUCUGGAAAGCCAUAAACUUAUAAAUAAAGUUGAUAAAACGCACGAGUUUACAGAGUACACGAGAAGAUACAGAGAGGCGAGCCCGUUGAGUUCCAAUAAACUCAUCCUGAGGGACAAGGAGCCCAAGCUCCACAAGUGCAAAUAUUGUGACUAUGAGAGUGCAGAGCAGGGGCUGCUCAACAGGCACCUGCUGGCAGUCCAUAGCAAGAACUUCCCUCAUGUGUGCGUGGAGUGCGGGAAGGGCUUCCGCCACCCCUCGGAGCUGAAAAAGCACAUGAGGACCCACACGGGGGAAAAGCCAUACCAGUGUCAGCACUGCGUGUUCAGGUGUGCUGACCAGUCCAACCUGAAAACUCACAUCAAAACCAAACACGGCACCGACCUGCCCUUUAAAUGUGAGCACUGUCCCCAGGCCUUCGCCGACGAGAAGGAGCUGCAGCAGCACACCGAGCUCUUCCAAGGCCAUAAGACUCACCAGUGUCCCCACUGUGACCACAAGAGCACCAACUCCAGCGACCUGAAGCGACACAUCAUUUCAGUGCACACCAAGGAUUUUCCCCACAAGUGUGAGGUGUGCGAGAAAGGCUUCCACCGGCCCUCGGAGCUCAAAAAGCAUAGCGAGACCCAUAAAGGGAAAAAGAUCCACCAGUGUAGGCACUGUGACUUCAAAACCUCCGACCCCUUUGUGCUCAGUGGGCACAUCCUCUCCGUGCACACCAAGGACCUGCCUUUUAAAUGCAAACGGUGUAAAAGGGGCUUCAGGCAGCAGAACGAACUGAAGAAGCACAUGAAGACCCACAGUGGCAGGAAGGUGUACCAGUGCCAGUACUGUGAGUACAGCACCACGGACGCGUCGGGCUUUAAGCGCCACGUCAUCUCCAUCCACACCAAAGACUACCCCCACAGGUGUGAGUUCUGCAAAAAGGGCUUCCGCAGGCCCUCCGAGAAAAAUCAGCACAUCAUGAGGCACCACAAAGAGGCCAUCCUGUGAUAGGUGAGCUCCAGCAGGAAGCCGUGUAGGAACUGUCGUAUGCUAAUUGGGGAAAAAAAUAAAUCUCACGAACUGUUUCUCCUGGUUUCAAAGCUUGAUAUUAAACCAUAACUUUACAUUCUUUGUAUUAAAAGUCUUAAAAAGUAUUAGGGUUGGCAGGGGAACUCAUAGCCCUAUGAUUGUUGCUGAUCAGAACAUAAAGAGCACUAGAGAAUGCAGAGGAUGGAUGAAUGUCUUAAAUUUGCAGAAAGAUGGAUGAAUGUCUCCAAGUGAACAGUAUUUGCCAUUGCUGAGUCUAGAGGACAGGGCAGAGCUGGUUGUGUGGCCCAUUCUGUCAGUCCCAACGUGUCUCCAGUAUGGAAACAGAUCCCUGGUGGGCUGAGCUACAGAGGGUUUGCAAAGGAGCCCCCUCUUCACUUCUUGAGCAGUUUGGAACGGGGAGUUUUAGUCAGACACUUCAUCACAACGUUUUCAAUUGUGCCUAGAAAUUGAAUUCCAGAACUGGCAAAAUGAUCUGGGGGGGUGGUGUCCCUUGUUCGGUUUGGUUUGGUUUUUGUUUUUAAACAUUUCAUAGGGAAACUUUUUGGUUUCCUUUAUUAGUUUAGGUCCAAGAAGCAUUUUUUUACUGGUUUUCAAAGCUGCUAACCUAUUUUAUUGCAGGAUAUGAUGUUUAAAAUAGAGCAUUAUGUUAUGGUCUCAGAGGUGGUGUUCUGGUGCUAGGGUUAAAGAUGUAUAUGUAUAUAAUUUCCCUUUUUUAUCUGAAACUACAGUUGAAUGUUGUUCAGUAUGGCACAUAUAACAAAAUUAACUUUGAAUUUGACUUUUUUUUUUAAAGGAUAAAAAUGGAUGCAGCUCAUAGUGUUGUGACUCAACACUAAUUUUUUUCCUCGCUACUUUAAAGUCUUCUCUAAAAAGAAUAUUAAAAACAGUUGAAAACUGUAGGGGUUUUUUAAUUAAAAAUUCAAAGUACUUAGAGGUUCUUUAGGGCAGUGUUCUUAACAGGUAUGACAGUUACUGUCCUACCUCCUAAUAUGAAAUUUUCCAUAUAGACAUAAAAUUGCACCUUUUAAUCGAUUCUUUUAAAAAAAGAUCUAUACCAUGCUAUAAACAUGCAUUUUCAAUCUGUAAGAAAGUAUAUAUGCAGUAUUUAACCAGAAAAACCUGCUGCCACUAGAGUUUGGAGGUGGAUCUUGAGUUUACAGUGUAUACAUUUAAAAUAUGCAUCCCUUUAAAAAUGCUUUGUGUUAGCAUGCUGCAAAUCCAAUGGCGCUUAUAUAACGAGCUGGUCUAGGGCUAUUUAAUGAAAAACCUGGUCAUAAAUGUUAUGCAUAUAAUGUGUAUUUUUUACUUUUUUUAGUUGCUUCAUGUUUGCACACAGCUGUUCACAUGAGAAAUUGUAACUUCAUGCUAUAUUGUGGCUUUGUGUUCCAGAUAAUGUUCAUAUUUUGUUUUUGCACCAGAUGAGAAUCAGUUCCUUGAGAAUAAAUUUUUUUUAUAUUUCUAAACUUCAGAAAGUUAAAAUUUGGGAAAUCUCUUAGACAAAUAAGUGUUUUAUGUGGCUGUAAAAAAUGAUGUACACGCUGUAAAAUAAGAUUGUCACUGUUCUGUGGGAUUAUUAUUUCUAAAUGUGUUACUCAUCGUAACGGGCAUACAAUAAAACGCAUCUCUUGCACUCCAGAA